AAAUAAAAUAAUACACCAACCCAACUCAGUUUAACCCUUACGAUAAAGCCCACGAUUGGCUAGGCAAAUUUUUAUUUUGCUUGUAUACUCUUAUUAUUUCCCCACGACAUCUUGCAGCUUUAAUCGACUAUUUGAGUACCGUUAACGAGAACUCGAGCCUUUUGCCCUAGUGACACAUUAAAAGUCAUAUUCGAAAACUUGCAGACUCCUAGAUACACUAGAUUUGGGGCAUCAUGUCACGUCCUGAAGACAUUCUCCCGCCUGAUUUGUUCUAUGAUGACAAUGAAUCUCGAAAAUAUACCACAUCCUCGCGGAUUCGCAACAUCCAGGCCGACAUGACAGAAAGAGCCUUGGAGCUACUCGAUCUGAAGUCACCUUCCCUUAUUCUCGACCUAGGCUGUGGAUCUGGUCUGUCGGGAGAGAUGCUUUCUAGUGUGCUUCCUGAAGAGGGCGGACCGCAUGUCUGGAUAGGCAUGGACAUAUCGCCUAGCAUGCUUGACAUUGCAUUACAAAGAGAGGUAGAAGGGGACUUGUUUCUCGCUGAUAUCGGUCAGGGUGUACCAUUCCGACCCGGCACCUUCGAUGCAGCAAUUAGUAUAAGCGCCAUACAGUGGCUUUGUAAUGCGGAGACAAGUGACGUGAGCCCAGAGGGCAGGUUACGACGGUUCUUCGAAGGUCUCUUUGCAAGCCUUAGAAGAGGUGGACGAGCAGUCUGUCAAUUCUACCCCAAAAACGAUGCCCAGCGGAGCAUGAUUAGCGGAGCUGCCGUGAAAGCUGGUUUCGGUGCUGGCAUUCUCGAAGAUGACCCGGGUACAAAGAAUAGCAAGAUUUAUCUCGUUCUCACUGUUGGUGGAGGAGGAUUGAACGGCGAUAUCACCGGUGUCGUUGGCGGCAUGGAUGGGGUUGAUGUUGUUGACUCUCGAAGGAAAGACGGCGCAAGCAAAUUCUCCAGGUCACAAGACAAGAAAGGAAGCAAAGCCUGGAUCUUGAGAAAAAAGGAACAAAUGGAACGAAAGGGAAAAGUCGUUAAAGCAAAUUCGAAAUAUACCGGAAGGAAAAGACGCCCAGCCUUUUGAUGGAUAGACCCGGAUCGAAAAAGAAAACAAGAGACUUUAACACUCAUCGUCACUGAUUCGGGACACUAGAAUCAUACAGCCAUUUGCGAUUCUACAUUUCAGCGAGUAUGUGGUCUGCUCCCGAGUAAACACUUACACCAAAGACUAAAACUUCGCGAGCUUAAUGGCGCACCAUGAAAAGCUUCAUAAAACCACGAGAGCUAGCCGGCUGCUCAUAUGCUGGACCAUGGAGGAUGGAUGACCUUUCAAGGCAAAGGAAAAUUGUGCAUGACGACUUGGCCAUGAAAUAAUCGACUAGAAUGGAAUGCAAAGAAGCGACUUCUGAAUCAAGCAGGCACCCGCGAAUGCUUUAUAAUUUCA